CAUUUCCCACCCAUAAAACAGUCAAAUACCCUCACCAACAAGCACAGGGAAAAUGAAGUCUCUACCACACCUCUGUUAGCAAAUUCCUUGUCUGUUCACCAGUUGGCAGCUCAGGGAGAAAUGCUCUACUUGGCUACUCGUAUUGAAAAAGAAAAUGUUAUCAAUCACAGGGAUGAAGAAGGAUUUACUCCCCGCAUGUGGGCUGCGGCACACAGACAAAUAGCUGUGGUACAGUUCCUACUUCAGAAUGGUGCAGAUCCCCAGCUUUUAGGAAAAGGUCGAGAAAGUGCCCUGUCAUUGGCCUGUAGUAAAGGCUACACGGAUAUUGUCAAAAUGCUGCUUGACUGUGGAGUUGGUGUAAAUGAGUAUGACUGGAACGGAGGGACACCUUUGCUUUAUGCCGUCCAUGGGAAUCAUGGGAAGUGUGUAAAGAUGCUGUUAGAGCCGGGCGCUGACCCAACAACUGAAAGAGACUCUGGACACAACUCUAUGGAUUCAGCUGUAGCUUUGGGCUACAGAAGUGGCUCACUGUAA